AUGGCUUCACAAAUGCCCACGAUUCCUCGGGUGACGUUUACCAUCAUCGAGCCGAUUUCUUUAGUCGCUGGCUUCGUCGGCGCUAUCUGGGACCCAGCAUGGUUCAUCGCUGAACAGCUGCCCGAGAGGCAGGUGCUUCCUGCAUCAGAGCACAGCAUUGUCAUGGCGCAACAGCUAGGUAACAUGUAUCUCCUCAUGUGCUUUGUCGGGCUGGCCGUGCUUGCGACAACUUCCGAGAUCAAGGUGGUGAGAAGUUAUCUUGUUGCGUUGUGGCUCGGUGACAUUGGCCAUCUUGCUUUCACAUGCUUGGCGCUGGGCAAGCAGCGGGUGAUGCAGCCACAAACGUGGAACGCGAUGACCUGGGGCAAUAUUGGGUUUACGAUCAUCAUCAUCAUCAUCAUCGCCCACAACCUCACCAUGCCCCCCAAACUCCGCGCAGCCAAGACCGUGCCCACGUCCUCCGCGCCGGUGCGCAGAUCCACAGGACGUACCAGAGGCCGGUCACGCAAGAGCGACGAGGAUGCUGUUCCAGCCGAGCCAGAACGCGGCAUGGCAACCAAAACGCGCGCCGCCAUGAGAAAAUCACCUGCGCCAGAGCUGCCGGUCCAAGUUCGCUCCUCGAUUGUUCAUGAUCCCAAGCCCCGCAAGAACCCUCCACGCGGCGCGGCGGCAAGCGAUCUGGACAUUCCUUCGGACCGUCCCCGAGACGAGGAGGACGAUGAUGAGGACGAAGAAAACGACGAUGACGGAGAGGAAGACGAAGACGGCAAGGAGGAAGUCGAUGAGCAGAAGAAUGACGGUGACGAGCAAGGGGCUCUCGUUCAGGUCGGCAACGGAGACGAGCAAGAGGCUCUCAUCCAAGUCGACGAGGAAGACGUGCAAUUUAUGCUACAGCACCUCGACAAGAUUCCCAAGGCGGCGCUUGAUCUUUUUUCUCAAUACCGUGUCUUUGGGGACACCGAGAAGUUUGCGCGCCGAACCUUCGAGCUCGCUCUGGAUGCGCUCCGCACUGUGCGUAAGCACUUCAUCGUCGACGACUCGUGGUCGCCCUUUUUGCCCACGUCGUGGCUUAACAGUCACGCCGAACUGUCUGCCACAGACGUCGCCCGUUUUAAAGAAGCGCUCAUCCUCGCCAAUCUCGCGACGCUGCUAGAAAUCGUCUACUGCGGCGCCCAGGACCAACGAAAAGCGUCGCGCCUCGCCGACGCCGAUAAGCUCGCCCUCCUCGACACGCACUUCAACGAGCUGCUACUCGGUGACGACGACCUGCUUCCCCAUGCCACACAGACCCAGGUCCUUCUGGCGCUCGACAUUCGCGCUGCGCGUCUGCUGGCCGCGCUCGCCAGCGCCAAGACAAACCAGGACGCCUACACCAUGGCGUAUGACGUCUUUUGCGUUCCUCAGGAGGGUCUCUCCGACGAGACGCUCAGGGAUGCCCUCGGCGAGGCGCGCGACGAUGCCCACAGAAAAGAAGUGGUGGAUGCCCGCAGAAAGGCGCUGAGAGAUGCCGUCCGCAAAGGGCCGUAUCGCCCAGUCGCCGGCCUGGCGAGCGACGAGGCGCAGAAGCGCUGCUGCUGGACGCGGGUCGCCAAGUUCCUCAAGCACUUUGGCCAGCACGAGGCCGCCUUUGCGAAUAUAUCCCUGUUUCGCACCAAGCUGUUUCCCGCGCACGAUCUGCUAGUCCGCAUACAGGCCGUUGCCUUGGAGUUGGACGAGGCCCUGCGGCGCAACCAGCAGGAGACGCCGACCGACGACGCAGGCGCCGAGGAGUUCCACGACGCACCCGAGGACGCCGACGACGACGGUGAUGACGAUGACGACGACGAUGACGACGAAGAUGAUCAAGGCGAGUCGCAGCCCAUUGUGCGCCUCGCGAGCGCAAAGGCCGGUACCAGUCUCUUCCGAGAUGCCUCGGAUAUCCAAACCCUGAUGCAGGCCCAACGCGGCGCCGCAGCCGCGCCGCCACCGUCCAACCAGCACAUCGGCCACGGUAUCCUUCCCGUAGACCACGGUGCGGCAGCACUGUCCACACAUUCGUCACGCCAGCGCCCCGUCAUCCACCACAGCUCGUUACCGUUCCCACAACGCAACAAGCGCAGCCGCGACCAGGUGAGCCUCAGCGACGACGACGACGACGACGACGACGAGUUUGAGUCGGACAGGCGGACCCAUUCCGAGCUCGCCCGUCUCGAGAAGCGCCGCCAGCGCAACGAAGCCCAGCAUCUCCUCGGGCAGCGCAGCCAGGCCGCGCUCAUCGCGCUCGUCGCGGAGCACUACGGCAAGUGGAGCACCAUUGAACGGUGCCAGGACCGCUUCCAACACCCCCGCGACCAGCAGGCGUACCGCGACAAGGCGCGCAACAUCAAGGUGGACCUGCUCAUUCACGACCUCCGCCUGCCGCCCGGCUUCGACGUGGUCGCGCUCGGCAUCAAGGAGCGGGAAAAGGUGCGCAAGCACGGCAAGAAUCCGCGCCGAAGGGAGGAGGAUGUCGACGCGGCGGGGAGACCGACCAAUACGGCGAUGAACCCGAUGGACACUCCCUAA